AUGAUUUUUGGUCAUUGGGCCGAGGCUGUUCAUCAUCUUUUUUUUUUCUUUCACUUUUCUAAUUUUAAUGAAAGGUUUCUUUCUUUCUUUCUUUUUUUCUUUCUUUCUUUUUUAUCCUUUUUUUCUUUCUUUUUUAUUCUUUUCUUUUUCUUUCUUUCUUUGCCUUUCUUUCAAGUUCUUUUUUUCUUUUUUUCCUUUUUCUUUUUCGUUUUUUAUUCAUUUUCUCUUUUUUUUUUUUUGUUUUUUUUUUUUUCUUUCUUUCUUUAUUCUUUCUUUUUUUUCUUUUUAUCUUUUUAUUUUUUUUUUUUCUUUUUAUUUUUUUCCAUCUUUUGCCUUUUUUCUUUUUUUUUUUUUCCUUUUUUUUUCUUUUCAUUUUUUUUUUUUUUUUUUUCUUUCUUUUCAUCAUUUUUUCUUCCAUCUGUUUUUUUUUCUUUUUUUAUCUUUUCCCACUUCUUUUUUUUACCUUUUUUCCUUUUAUUUUUUUUCUUUCUUUUCUUUUCUUUUCUUUCUUUUUUUUUUCUUUUCUUUUUCUUUUCUAUUUUUCUUUUCUAUUUUCAUCUAUAUUCAUCUAUUCUAUUCAUAUCUAUCUAUCUAUCUAUCUAUCUAUCUAUUCUUGACAUUCUGUUCCCUUCUGUUGCGACAUGA